UAUUUCUAUAUCGGAAAUCCAGAUUCAUCCCCGUAUGUAUAUUCUUUUCCUGGCUAAUUUGUAAAGGACGACUCAAAAACUAAAAAAUCUUUAUUUAUGAUUUGAUAUUUUCUACAAAGGUAUCCCAGAUUUUUAGUGUUUGGCAAAAGUUCCAACUUGUAGGAAAAUGAAACAGAUCGUCACGAACCAGGUCGUGAAAAUCCCCGAGGGGCUCACUGUAAGCACCAAGAGCCGGAUCAUCACAGUUCGAGGGCCCCGAGGAGUCCUGAAACGGUCAUUCAAGCACUUGGCUUUGGAUAUCCGCAUGAUCAACCCUCGCGUGUUGAAAGUAGAAAAAUGGUUUGGAACUAAAAAAGAACUGGCCGCUGUGAGAACCGUAUGCUCUCAUGUAGAAAACAUGUUGAAGGGAGUAACCAAAGGGUACCAGUACAAGAUGAGGGCUGUGUAUGCCCAUUUUCCCAUUAACUGUGUCACUACCGAGAGCGACAGUGUAAUCGAAAUCAGGAAUUUCUUGGGGGAGAAAUACAUCAGAAGGGUAAAGAUGGCACCUGGUGUUACUGUGAAGAACUCCAAAGCCCAAAAAGAUGAGCUGAUCAUUGAAGGAAACUCUUUAGAAGAUGUUUCCAGAUCCGCAGCCCUCAUUCAACAGUCCACCACAGUCAAGGAUAAAGAUAUCAGGAAAUUCUUAGAUGGAUUGUAUGUAUCUGAGAAGACUACAGUUGUCCAGGAUGAGGCAUAGACUCAUCACUCAAUCGAGGCAGGUUUUGGGUUCUGAACCAAGUCUUACAUUAAUUGAACGUCAGGUCAAUCCAUGUAAGGCUUGGUAAUGGUUUCAAAUUAAAUAUACCGUUUAAGAAA